AUGAGCGCAGCCGCACCAGCGGCGGCGGUUUCGCCGACACCGCGCCACCGUCGCCAUCAUCGCCGUCGCACAUCGUGGCGUGGACGGUUAGCCGCGUCUUCGUCCGCCCCCGCCUCCACCUCCGGUAGCGAUGGCCCGUCCUCGUCGCGCGAAACGACGGCGACCGCCCGGAGCGUGAAAAUGGUCGAGUUCUACGCGGGGAUGGGGACCAUGCGCUGGUCCCUGGAGCGCGCGCUCGAGUCCGACAUGGGCGCCUCGGUCACCGCGCUGGCUUCCAUAGACAACUCGGAGGUUGCGAACGCGGUGUACCUGGCCAACUACCCCGACGAGAACGCCUCCGGGGUGCUCAUGCGACGGAACGUCGAGCACCUCAGCUCGGUCGAGACCCUCGACGCCAGGUUCGGCGGAGCGGACGUGUGGACCCUCUCGCCGCCCUGCCAGCCGUACACCCGCAAGGGGAAGCGCCUACACGGCGAAGACCCUCGCGCGGGCUCGUUCGCGCGGAUCCUCGAGGCCCUACCGAAGCUACGAGCGCCGCCCGAACGGAUCCUCGUCGAAAACGUCGUCGGCUUUGAGAGCUCGGAGACGAGGCGAGCGCUCGUCGCCGCGCUCGACGAGGCCGGUUACGUCUGGCGCGAGUACCACGCGUCCCCCGUCGACAUCGGGGUGCCGUGUACCAGGACGCGGUACUACGCCCUGGCGAAGCGAAAGCCCCUUUCCUUCGUCGAUUGCGCCGAGGACGCCGGCCUUUGCGCGACCUCGCGACCUCGUCCGCGAAGGAUCGCGGAGUACCUCGAGCGACCCGUGCACGACGCGGACCUCGCGGUGGAAGCCGGGACGGUGGAGAGGUACUGGCGAUGGCUCGACGUGGUGUCGCCGUCGUGCGUUCGAUGCUCCACGUUCACCUCGGGGUACGGCAAGACGGUGUACGGAGGGUCCGUGCUCGCGUCCGACGCGUUCGUCGCGGAACACUGCGACGUGGACGCUGGUACCGGGCGCGCGAGGCUCGUCGGACCGUUCAAGGGGGAGUGGGCUGGGGAGAUGCGGUACUUCUCGCCGAGGGAGAUGGCGAAUCUGCACGGUUUGGACGCCGGGUGGAGGCUCCCCUCGAGGGAGCUGACGAGGCGACAGCUGUGGUUCACGGUGGGAAACUCGAUCUCCGUGGACGUGGUGGCGGCGCUGAUGCGGCAGCUGAUGCGAGAUUAG